UGAUCUAGUUCAUCUGCAGUGAGAACCAUAUUUAUCUGCAUCUGCGAUACUAGCACUGUGGGAUUCUAUUUAAGGUUAUGAUUGGAUCAUUCAGCCUGCAGCAAAGUCUUUAUUAAUCACUUUGUUGUCAUUCCAGUUACUUCUGAAAGCAGGAUAAGCUUUUAGCCCCAACAACCUGCCUCUCGUUUUAUUGAUGGGAACAUCACAGUGAUGUCUGCAUUCAACUUGCUUCAUUUGGUGACAAAGAGUCAGCCAGUGGCCGUGCAAGCCUGUGGGCUUCCCUCAGGUUCUUGCAGAAAGAAAAAGGACUAUAAGGUUGUCUUUACAAAGGAGGAACUGAGGGUGCAUUUGACACCUUUGCAAUACCAUGUAACUCAGGAAAAAGGCACUGAAAGUGCUUUUACUGGAGAAUAUACACAUCACAACGACAGUGGAGUCUACAAGUGUGUUGUCUGUGGAACUUCCUUGUUUGCGUCUGAAGUGAAGUUUGAAUCGGGUUCAGGUUGGCCUUCAUUCUAUGAUGCCCUAACAGCCGAUGCAAUUGAUCUGUGUGAUGAUUUCUCCCAUGGAAUGCACAGAGUUGAAACAAGUUGCAGUCAGUGUGGCGCACAUCUAGGACAUCUCUUCAAAGAUGGGCCUCGUCCAACUGGCAAAAGAUACUGUAUAAACUCUGCAUCCUUGUCUUUUGUGCCUCAAAGCCACAGUAAUGCUGGAAGCGACAACAAUGAUGCUAAUGAUGGAAGCACUGAACUUAAGACCAAAAAGGACUAAGAAGAAUUUAUGGUUACUAUGCAGUCACAAGUUUCUAUCUAUAACAAGAAAUAAAAAAAACUAAUUAUUUUUUAAUAUUAUGUGGUUCUAGGUAGCACUAACAACUUUGAAAUAAAUAUACACACUCACUACCAGUAUUAUGUUUAAUUUAUUUUCAAAUAUUAAUUAAUAAGACCUUUUUAAAACAUUGGCUUAAUUGCAUAUAUUGAGCAAUUUUAUUAAUUUCCUCAGUCAAACCAUUUAAUGAAUAAUUUAGUUUUGAAGGCAUGACUCCCAAAGUGUAUACUCAAUAGGCUAAAACAUUAUUUAAAUGUUGUCUUCAUACAAUAUAUGAAUACACUUAUAAAGAGAUUAAGUGAUUGCUUAGGAAAUGACAAUGUAAUUUAAGGUAUCUGUUGUGCCUUAGGUCAGAAAAGGAAUUUAUACUUAGCCGAUGUUAAGUAUUUCUUCAGGUUUUGUUAUUAAUCCUUAUAUUGGACUAAACAACAGGUUUGGUUUUGGAACAAUUAGUACUAAUUAUUCACUCUAUUUUCACAAAAUGAAACACAGUACUCAUGGUUUGGAGAGCAAGUGUUACAUAAAAAUAGAUGAUAAUUUGUAUUUUAUAUUAAAUGCAAUUUUUCUUUCUAUAAAAUAAAAAUAAUGUCUGGUUAA